GACUCCCUGAUAAUGACAUCAUCAUUGGUAUAAUACUCACACUGGGCUCUCACAGUUAUCUUCUGCUGAGGAGUGUGAGUCUCAUCACCAUGCGUGAGAUUGUUCAUCUUCAGAUCGGACAGUGUGGUAAUCAGAUCAGUUCAAAGUUCUGGGAAGUUAUCAGUGACGAACAUGGUAUCAGUGCAUUGGGAACCUAUGAGGGGGACAUGGACGUUCAGCUGGAGAGGGCCAGUGUCUACUUUAAUGAAGCAAAUGGUGGGAAGUAUGUCCCCCGGGCAGUGCUGGUGGAUUUGGAACCAGGAACAAUAGACAGUGUGAGGGGAAGUCACAUUGGAGGACUCUUCAGACCUGACAACUUCAUACAUGGAAAUUCUGGAGCUGGAAAUAACUGGGCAAAAGGUCACUACACAGAGGGGGCAGAGUUGGUCGAGCAAGUAGUAGACCGUGUCCGUAACGAAGCUGAAAGUUGCGACUGCCUGCAGGGCUUCCAGUUUGUUCACUCUUUGGGUGGUGGUACCGGCUCAGGCAUGGGCACCCUCCUCAUCAACAAAAUUCGUGAAGAGUUCCCAGACCGAAUCAUGAAUAGCUUUAGUGUCAUGCCCUCUCCUAAAGUCUCUGACACGGUAGUGGAGCCAUAUAAUGCCACACUGUCCGUUCACCAACUGAUUGAGAAUACAGAUGAGACAUUCUGCAUUGACAACGAAGCUCUUUAUGAUAUCUGUUUCCGUACACUCAAGCUCACCACGCCAACAUAUGGAGAUCUCAAUCAUCUUGUGUCUAUGACUAUGAGUGGGGUCACAACCUCUCUGCGCUUCCCUGGUCAGCUGAAUGCUGACCUUCGCAAGCUGGCUGUCAAUAUGGUGCCCUUUCCCCGCCUUCACUUCUUUAUGCCUGGCUUUGCUCCGCUCAUACCACGAGGAAGUCAUCAAUACCAGGCCCUCUCUGUUCCUGAACUCACCCAGCAAAUGUUUGAUGCCCGGAACAUGAUGACAGCAUGUGACCCCCGGCAUGGCCGCUACCUUACUGUUGCAGGAGUUUUUCGUGGUCGUAUGUCCACUAAAGAGGUGGAUGAACAAAUGCUUGCGGUUCAGCAGAAGAACAGCAACUACUUUGUGGAAUGGAUCCCCCACAACGUUAAAGUGGCUGUUUGUGACAUCCCACCACGCGGCCUUAAAAUGGCAUCUACCUUCAUUGGAAACAACACAGCCAUCCAAGAGAUUUUCCGGCGAGUUGGGGAGCAGUUUGCCAUGAUGUUCCGUCGCAAGGCUUUUCUGCACUGGUACACAGGAGAGGGCAUGGAUGAGAUGGAGUUCACAGAGGCUGAGAGCAACCUGAAUGAUCUAGUAUCUGAGUACCAGCAAUAUCAGGAUGCCACAGCUGAGUUGGAGUGGGAGCCAGAGGAAGAAAUUACAGAGGUAGAGGAAAAUCCGGCAACAGUAAUAAACACCAGCGUCGACAUAAAAACUGAAACCAUGAGUGAUGCUUAGUCUAGUGAACAAUUCUAGUGAAGAGGGUUGUGUUACCAAAUGUGCUAUAUCUUGAAUACUAUUUAAUAUUGAUACUAUUACUACAAUUUAUUGAUAUAAAAACAAUGGUGUGACAUUAUUCAUGUUCUUGUUUUCAUUAAAAAUAUUAAUUUCUACUUAAUAAUAACAUGAUUCUUUGUAAAGUUUGAGUUUAGCAUAUUUUGAGUCACGUUUGCAGUGUGUAAUACAGUAUGUUUCAAAACAUGUACAACCAACAUGCACCAUUCAAAACUGUUUUGAAAUAAUGUUCCAAAAUUGAGUAGAUAUAGCAUAUAAAGACAAUAAAUGUUACAUAUAUUGUUCAUUUAACAGAAAUGUUCCAUCAAUGCAUGCAUGAGAUUGUGAAAGUAAGAUGUUUAGCACAAUAAUUAUUUUUACAAUGGUGCAGAGAUACUUUGAAAUAUCUAAAAGUGUUAAGCGACUUUUUUUCUUCCUUUUUUCAGUGGAUUAAUACCUACCUUUUCAUCUUUUGUUAAAUCAGUAUACAUAUUUUCCAUUUUGAAUAGACCAAAUAUCUUAAAAUACUAAACCUGCUAAUACCCCAUGAAAGUCCGAAAGGCAACCCUAGUCUUCCAAACAGGCAGUCUGGCAGGACAUGAUUAAACUCAAGCAGCUCUGUAGAUAUUGAUAAGCAGCUCAGAAAAAGCUCCAUUAACCACAGAUGACAGUGAAAGCUACUGUAAGUGAUAUUGGCAACUUGCUAACUUCCUCUAGACUUAGCCGGUGAAAAAGAUCCCACCCUCCCUUCAGCCCCAUGCACUCCUUCCAAAGACAUGUACAUGCUCUAAGCAUGACAUAAUGAUGUUGCACUGUAACGCUGGUGAUGGUACAUGCAGGAUUUUGCCACACUUGGAUUCUAAGUUAGAAAAUUUAUUACACUGACUGAAUUGGACUAACUGAAGUGCAACUUGGAUGGAUCAAAAGUCUGCAUCUACCCCAUAACUUUUUUGUAACCAACAUUCAAGCAACUGAUACUCAUAAUUAUCCACAAGCAAUAAAAACAGUAUGAAAUCUGUAAAUAUUUUAUUUGUAAUACUGAACUUUAAUACUGACCUGCAUAAAUAAAUACUGAAUAACCAUUUGGUCUCUGACCUUGGCACAGUACUGUACAUUCCUUGUAUUCCCUACGUGAAAACACAUUAGUCACAAGCCAGGAAGAAUUAAAAACUAUCCAUCUGGUUAGAGACAAGGAACACAAUUUUUAAUUUAAAGUUUUUAUGGAUACCAAAGACUGCCAAGCAGAAACUUAGCUCCACUCUUGUGUUCAUCACAAUCGCUUAUCACAGUUGUUCCAGACAACACCCAGAUGAACUUAUCUGUGUCACCAUGUGAGCCCUAUAGACUGUGUGUCCAAAGAAAUUCUCAACUGGAUGCACUACUAAUACUAAAGAAAUUUAAUUGGUCUUUUAAUUUAAUUUAAAGAGGAAAGGCCCAGGAUUCUUACCUAAAUUAAAUUCAGAGUAGCCAAAACUGUGAGGAGGAGAAUGAACUCAUUCAGAAUGCUGCAGCUAUAAUUUUUACUAAAAUAAAUAUGCUGAUCUUCAUUUAUAAAUCUGCCAUCAGCUGCCAUUAGCUUUUUGUUUUGUUUUUCUUAAUCAGCCUUUAAAAAUUUAAAUGUUGCUGAAGAUACUAUUUAAAUAGCUCUUGAUUAUUUUUAAGCAGAUCUAUAUUUAUGUAUAAAAUGUGGUACAUAAAUAAAAAUAAUCUGUAUUUUG